AUGGCAAAAGAGGAGGAUGAGAAGUGUCUCAAGUGCGUUUUCGUCGGCAACGCCACCGUCGGAAAAACGUCGAUGAUAAAGAGCUACACGAGGAAUGAGUACCCGCAAAAGUACGAGCCGACCGCGUUCGACAACUAUUCGGUCGUGGUCCUGGUGGACAAGAAGCCGAUCCGAUUGCAACUUCAUGACACCGCCGGACAGGUAAUUCUCAAUUUACUCACUUAUGUUCUGCGUUAUUCUUGCCACCGGGCCCACUGCUUUCAUUGGCGCGAUUGAGGUUUCCAUGAGCAGUUGGCGGAUAGACGUUAUGUUUCCUGAAAGGUACUGUUGCUACACGCCAAACUUAGUAUUAGACCGGAAAAGCUUACCAAGUUUUUGAAAGUUAUAAGGAAGAGACUGAACGGUAGUGGUUCUGAGCGGAGCAACACUCGAAGUCGCCUUAAUUCUUUGGACGUGAGGAGGCAUUUUACGAGCUGUUGGCUGAUUGAAACGUCGUACAGGCCAUCUGAAGACAUUUCACGUUAGCUAUACCUAUAACCCUUUUCGAUAAGCUAACCUUUGAUAAGUGGCAGAUCCUAACUGGAAAAAAGUGAGAGAGUAUAAGAGUACUGUAGCUGGAAGCAUCAUGGAGUGCGAAUCUUGGUUCUGAUUCGGAAAUGAGAAGCCGGCUCGGAUCGGAUAGAAUAUAACGGCCUCGUUUUAUGGUAGAAAUUGGACAAGAAAUUGGAACGCAAACAUUGUCUUCGCGAGGUGACAGGGUCGGAUGUCAAAUCGAAAAUAGAGACGGACAAGCACAAUGGCGGACGCAGAUCCGAUCCCUCCGAGAUGCCGGAUGCGUUUGCGCCGAACCGGACGGAAAGAAAGACAAACCGGAACAGAGAUUUGGCACCUGAGAGAAGGAGUCUGUCGGCUGCUGGGGUCUGUACGGCUGAAACUUGUCUAUGCUUAAAGAACCAGGAAUCCCAUCAAGUUUAUGCUUCUGUCUGACUCAAAUUUUAUGGUUCAAUUAAACUUUUAGUCUUGCCACAGAAGAUUUUUUAAAGCUGCUCUUUUUGAAGAUGUUUGAAAUGCGUGUGCAUUGCGAAAGGUUUGCUAGUUCCACAAUUUUCUUUAUUUAGUCUCAAAACCUAAAAAACAAAUUUUAAUUUUCAGUCCUCUCUCGACUCGCUCCGUCCGUUGUGUUACGCGGAAGCGGACGUCUUCGUCAUUGUGUAUUCCGUCGUCGAUUUGCGCUCAUUCGAAGAUGCGACACAUCGUUGGUAUCCGGAAAUCACCAAGAAGAACCAAGGAACCAAACGUCAGUUUCUUGCAAAUCCCCCUCUUUCCCCCAUUCGUCGUCAUCUUUCAGUGAUUCUCGUUGGAACUCAAGUCGACCGGCGAUGGCAAGUCCGCGGGGGUACGGUGACGACGCUACGUGGCAAGGCGUUGGCGGAACGCAUCGGAGCAGAGUUCUUCGAAUGUUCCGCCCUCACGCAACACAAUUUGAAGCAGGUCUGAAAACAAACGGAGGGCCGAGAGAAACGAAUGAGUUCCAGAUGUUUGAUGCGGCGAUAUUGGCGGGUCUUGAGAGCAAAAAGAAUAGAGAGAAGCGGUCGAAUUUCUACACAAAGUCUUCGAAAAUCAAGGAGCGAGUGCAGAGAUUCAUCUCGCGAACCCGCAACUUCAUCUGA